AUGGCUACCAGGUUUUCAAUAUCUUACUUAGAAGUAUUACGAUCAAAUAAAACUGUUUCAUCCUACAUAGAUCAAGAAUAUACCAGUAUUAAUAAUCAUGUUGGUAAGAGUAGUAAUGGCACUUAUGGAGGUAGGAAGAGGAUGUCAUAUGGAUCAAUUAACAAUGAUAGUCGAUCAUUAUCACUUUCAAAUAAUUUGGAAACAAGAGGAGAACUGGAAGAACUGGAAGAACUGGAAGAUUCAGCAAUAGAUAAUUCAUAUUCAUUGUUUCACAAGGUUGUUGAGGAUAUGGUAAUACCUAAAGUUGUUGAUAAUAUUGGUAAUAAAGUGACAAAAAUGUCAAUGAUUUUAUUGGAUGGUUAUGAUUGUUACUAUACAACUAUGUCGAGUACCAAUUCUUCUUUCCCUAGUAAUAGCAGUAACAACGAUGAUGUUCUAAUUGUUUGUUUCAUUAAAUUAGAUAUCCCAAAGAUUUUACCUAUUAGAGUGUUAAGUGAAUUAAAACAACAACCUUUUGAUGAAAUCGAAUCAAAUAUUGAAUUAAGAGUCCAAAUUGGUAAUAUUUUAGACAAAUUUCAUGAAGAAUUGAUUAAUUAUAGAAAUGAAAAUUUACAAAAUAAUAGCAAUCAUACUUCAAUUGCUGAAAAUAAGACAACUAAUUUGGAUGACGAUAUACAAGAUGUGAUAAAGUUAAUGAAUGAUAAUAUUGAUAAAUUUUUAGAAAGGCAAGAACGGGUUUCUUUAUUAGUAGAUAAGACAACUAAAUUAAAUAGUACAUCACAUAACUUUAAGAGAAAAGCAACUAGAAUUAAAGAUAGGUUAUGGUGGCAAAGAAUGAGAAAUUCAAUACUUUUAAUAUUCGCAAUUAUACUAUGUUUAAGUGUACUAUUCAUAUUUAUUUAUGUUUUAUAA